AUGCCACCCAAAGAAAAGUAUACAGACCCCGAGUUGCGCGAUGAAGUCAAGGAGGAAAUCCACAAGAGUGACAAGGGGGGACAGCCUGGUCAAUGGUCCGCGCGAAAGGCGCAAUUGAUGGCAUCCGAGUACAAGAAGCGCGGUGGAGAUUACAACACCACCAAGGAAGAAGGACAGUCGGAGUCCCAGAAGAACCUUGACAAAUGGACCAAGGAGGAAUGGCAAACUAAGGAGGGCGAAGGCACGGCCCGCCAAGAGGAUGAUUCCCGAAAGAGAUAUUUGCCCAAGAAGGCAUGGGAAGAAAUGAGUGAGGGAGAGAAAGAGGAAACGGACGAGAAGAAGGUGGAAGGAUCAAAGGAGGGAGAACAAUUUGUUGGAAACACCGAGAAGGCGAAAGACGCCAGGAAAAAGGCCAGCAAUGGUCCUGAAGAUCGGAGCGAAGAGACAAACGAUGAUGGCGAUGGUGGCAACGAAAAGCAAACCGGAAAAGAGGGCCAAACCGAGAAAACCAACGGUAGCGACAACCAGAAAGACAGCAAGCAUGACAACGACAACAGCGACAAAGGCAAAGACGACGAAGACAACAGUCCUCAGGAUAGCGGUGAUGAAGAGGAUGAAUCCAAGGGACAAAGUAAGACUAGCCCUGAGCAUGAAAACGGGGACAAAGACGGUGAAGGAUCAAAGAAGUCUGAAGGCAAAGGCGCGGGAGACAAACGCACCGCCAAACAGGACACUAGCCCCAACAAGAAGCAAAAGGACACUGCUAGGAUGCGGAGUCUACGAAAGAGAGAUUAG